AUGGCGUUCCCGUGGCUCGAGAAGGAGAACAGCACGUACACCGCGGCUCUCAACAAGGCGUUCCGCCAGAUCCGCGCCCGGGAGGUGCUGUCCAAGCACGCGCCGCCGCCCGUCUCGAGCCCCUGGAAGGGGCUGCACCACACCGUCCAGCUCGGCGGCGACGGCCUCUCCCCGAAGCCCGUCUUUCAGCGCUCGGCGCGCGGGCUCGCGCCCGUCGACGCUGCCGCGCGGCGCGACAGGGACGAGGCGACGCUUGAGGCGGCCGCGUCGGAGUUGAAGGCUCCGCAGGCAGCUGACGUGCGUUUCGUUGUUCGUGAUUGGGUUUUAUAUGCUCUUGAGGGUGGUGGCGGAGGGUGGGCUGACCGUGCCGUGCCGUCUGCCGAUAUUUUUCCGCCCGUCGAAUUCGAGCGCAACGCCAACGGCGCGCUCUGGCGCAUGUGA